AUGAGCACCAACAUGGACCUUCUUGGUCUCGACGGUCUCGAAGGGUUCGAUGAUGAGACACUGCCUGUGGUCUCGAUCUCAGCAUCGCAGUCCCUCAACGCGUCGGCCGCCACCCGCGACUCGAUCGCGACGGGUCUGGCGCGUCUAGAUGAAGCUCUAAAUGACCUCCCAGAUCAGCCCAACCAAGGCGGAAUCUUGCGUGGACAUGUUACAGAAAUAUUCGGACCCCCGGGAGCUGGGAAGACGUCCCUGGCGUUAAAUAUUACAUGUAAUGCAUUACGCGGCGGCAAAGUAGUCUGGAUUGAUACGGGAUGUCCCUUGCCUAGUCCCCGGCUCGAGGAAAUGUCCGUCAACCUCGAUGACUUUGUCUAUUUCCGGGCGCAUACGCUGCCCCAUCUCAUAGCCUUACUUGCACGUCCACCAAAAGGGUUUCCACCAUCGGAAACACACCUGAUUGUAGUCGACUCCGUGUCAAAUUUAUUCCCAGCUUACUUCCCCAGCGCCCAAGAGCUCAAAGACCAGCUUACCGAGGGAAAAAUCACCGAUAAAUCACACCUGCAAUGGUUGCUGAAUCGCAAAUGGAACGUUGCUAGUCAGCUAGCCACGCAUCUGGCCAAACUCGCCGCGAGAAAUAUCGCCGUGUUGGCAAUUAACCAAUCCCAUACAAAGAUUAAGGGUCAGUCUCAUGCGGCUUUGCAGCCGCUCUUGUCGGGCAGCGCGUGGGAAGCCAGCGUGCAGACUCGUAUUGCGGUCUAUCGUGACCUGCCGGAUGAGCGAGUCGUGGAGGUUGAGAAGCGCGCGGGUAAGCCAUUGCCCGAGCAAGCCGAGGGGCUGCUCGUUGCGUUUCGCAUUGAACCGGAUGGUCUUUGUGAAAUAGAGAGAAAUGAGUCUCUCCCUUCCGAUCCUCUGACCCCCUUGCUGAAGUCUCCUCCCGACUUUGAGUAUUAUGAUCCUCCUACUCCGACCCCUUCGCCUAUAUCCUCUGUGCUGUCUUCUGCACCACCAUCUUCAGAAAUUGAGCCUCACAAACUGUCACCGUCUAGACCGGCAUCACCAGAACAGCCUGUGCAGACACCAAACAAGAAGAGGAAGGUGGAGGAAGUAGCUGACAGCCAGGAUGAAGACUCGGAGAACGAUGUUCCAUGGACAGGCGAGACAACCCUAAACACGACAUAA